GCAACAAAAUCAACCCAGUUCUGCACAGACUGCAGGUAGUCAGAGGAGGCUUGUAAGUGGCCAGUCACUUGUCCAUAGUCAGAAGAAACUUCCUGCAGAUGGAAAAAGUAAUCAUGCAGGAUAGAUUCAUGUACAGAAUUUAGGGAGGUAGAAGAGGUUUUGUAGCUCCAGACAAUCACCAGGGAUGGAUAACGCGUGUGCUGGAGUGGUCCCAAGGCACAUGAGACAGCUAUGUGUAGGAUCUGAGCAGUAAUGCAGGUCCCAGAGCCUCACGUGACCCAGCCAACACCACCACUAUGAGGACCUGUGCAACAGAACCCCCUCUUGCUAUCUAAAUAUUGACUGUCCCAUUCAAGGAUUUCAUUCCUCACAGUGACUCAAUAUUAGGAAAAUUAGACCCUACUGACAAUUCGUGUUGUACUCAGCAAUUGGCUGAAACUGUACCUAGUCUGAGUAUAAACAGAGCAUGACAUGGUAGGGGUUGAAGUCUCUUGGCUAAAGGUAUCUUACAUCAUUCCAUCAGUAGCCUAAAAGCAUUUUUGGAUUCCUCAGCAAACAUGUACAGGAUAGCAGUCCAUCUCCAGUUUUCUAAUCCUCCGAGUUUUCUUCUCUAACCCAUUUUCAAACAAGGCACAUUGCUGCUCCAGAUGGUGGGGACAGAGAAGGCAGACUCCACUUCUCAAAGUGCAGAGAACAUCCAGUACAGAGGGUUCUCAUACAAUUUUUUCAUUCCCAUAGCACCUUCAGAGAGGUCUGGAAAUCUGAUGUCCCAAAGUAACAACUGUAAAAUUGCAUUGAAUAGAAGACCUUUUCACUAGGAAGUCUAAAAUCAUCCUCUCCUUUUUGCCAUGAAGGAGCCUGAAGUCUACUGAAGGCAAAAUAAUAACCACCUGAAUUCCCACAGAUCCACAAAUCAAUAAAGCAAUUUCUUAAAUUGUUACUAAUGUGGACUGUGCUCUAAAGGAGCAAGGAAUUUUGUCAAUUCCUACAAAUAAUAUUCAUUGGAUUAAUUGAUACAUCUGCUACCCAUUCCUGCACACAGCACAACUCAAACCAGCAAUGGCCUGGCAAGGCUCAUUACACAGCUCUGGUGGUUGCAGCAAAGUGUGAUGGAAAACUUCCAUGUCCUACAGUGAAAUUCUGGAUAUAUUAGAAGCAGCAGAAAGAUAUCUACAUAUAUAAAAUGAGGAUCUUCUGAAGUGAGGUGAACAGUGCUGAGAUAGAUCACUUAUUUCUUGUUCUGUGUACCUGACCACCCUGACAUGGUUUUGUCCUAUGGAACUUAGUAUUAAGUGCACUAAAGGGGUUUCUACAACUCUGUAAUAACCUGCACCACUGCUCAGCUCUCUACCUUGCCAUCCUAUAACAUGGGCCCCGGAUCAUGUUUAGCCCAGGCUAACUGAUUAUUAAUAUGAAUUAGAGAUAUGAAUGUGUGAACAUAAAUUAUCUCAGAAGUAAGAGUGGAUGUAUCAGGCUAUAUAAACAACAUCUGAAUCCAAGUUACAUUUUUCUAAUCAGUAAUAAUAGUUUACUGUCCAGAGCAGCCUGAAAUAUUACAUAUAUGGUCCUUCCAAAAAUAUUUUAUAUGCUAUCAUUCUCUAAUAGAAAUGUGAAAAUGCUCCAUUUAAAAAAAGUACAGGUAUCUGGAAGGAAAUUAAUACUUAUUCAUUCCAUUCAUAUGAAGCUGACAGGAAGAAAUCUGAAUCUACAAAUACAUUCUACAUUUCAGUUAUCCUUUCACAUUUUGAAACAAGAAAGGUUGGGGAGGGGCAGUUGGAAGCUAUGUUAUUUUUUCUGAUUUUCUAUUUCUGGUCAUUUAUGCAUUGCUUGUCAGACUGGGCCUUCAGAGUUUUAAAAUGGGUUGUAGUUUCUAUCUAUAUUGUUGUUCUUGUAUGUUAUUCCUUCUGCUACACAGGUGCAUCUUCUGCUACCAUGUCAUGCAUUUGUCUCUUGGGAGAGUGGGUGGUUCUCACAAAUACAAAAACUAUUAACUUUACAAGACAGAAAUGAAUUCAACAUUGAAAAAACCACAGUAGCCAAAGUGCAGCAAAAUGUAAUGCUGCAUUCUGCUAAAAUAACAUUCUUUCUUCUCCUGACAUUUCUGUUGGGUCCAUGACACCAUCCGUACAUUCCCCCUCAAGUUAAAACAGGAGCAUUUCCUAAACCUGGAUGAACAUUUUAGAAAGGAAAGCAACUUUUAACCCCCAAGUAUUUAUCUCAUUAGAUUCAAGUCUGAUAUUAUAGUUAAAAAAAAAAAAACAAACUCAAAAUUCGUAGCAGCUAAUUUUAAUUCCCCUACAAUUGUCAUGGCCUCAAAAGAGAGUUUAGCAACCUGAAACAAACCUACACAAAGGGAUCUCGUGACACAGGGGGAUGACUAGCUAUGUAUCCAAAAAUCAAAUACAAAUAAAAUUAAGAAAGCCAUACUCAUCUUUGUACAAGCUAGCAUUUCAUCUCUCAAAGACAUCUGUCACUUACAUAUGGCACAACUUUCAGCAUAACAGGGAGAGCACUAUUAAGUGCCGUAGAGCAAAUGUGAAGCUCAGAGAUAGGUCAGAAACAAACAGGGACUUCAAGGGGACUUGUCAUUUCAUCAACAUCACUUACCUGCACACUCUGCAAAAUGCAGUCUCCAAAAAGACUUCCUGCAACUGUGCAAAAAACCCAACCAGUGCAUUCACCAAAAAGUGUUUCAUGCUGUCUUCAGUUGGGGGUCUCAGUGAAAACCAUGUAAUUAUUAUAAUCUAGUUUUGUUUCCUCCUCACCUUCACAGAAGCAAAAAGUUUUACAAACUGUGGCAGUCAGACCUUCAAUGGAGAAAUGAGCAUUGGCCCUUCCCCCUUUGCUAUAAAGGGAACCAGCAGAUUUGAGACAUCCUCAAUAUUCACCAAAGGCCACAUUUUCAGGAGAGCGCAGGUGUCUCACUCAAGCAUUGUGAAGCCUGUGAGUUGGCUAAUCAGGUAAAAGAAAGAAAAAAAUAAAAGAGGCCCUAACUACUAUUCUGUACCAUUUUCCUUAGGAUGGCCUUGAAGUCAAAACCUCAGGAAACCCUUUUCAACUCCUAGGCUGAUACACUUCUGUGCCAAGAGCUCUAGCUCUCCAAGACCCCUCACUCAUACCUUUUGUUCUUUGCAUCACCGCUCCCCUCUCAUUGCAUUCCCACGCACGUGAAGAAUUCAUUAGCCCUUUGCCUUCCACCACAGCACUCAAAUGAGUGAAUCUUCCAAAGGAUUCAACACCUUAGAACUUCCAUGGGGGAAAAUCUUAGCUUUUCAGUUCCCUUGAGGCUGUGGCCUUCAGCACUUCUGGGUAAGACUUUUAAAGCAAACAAAAAAGGAAAAAAGAGAGAGGUGUUUCUUACUUCCCCCCUCCUUUGUUGCUUGCAGCCCAUGGGAUCGGAGAGGACGGAGAUCCGCAAACGGCAGAUGGCUGCGACCCCGGAGAGCCCAGGCGCUGCACAGGCUCAGCUCAGCACAGGAAAUCGAGGCUCCAAUGCCUGCUGCUUUUGUUGGUGCUGCUGCUGCAGCUGCUCAUGUCUUACUGUUAGAAAUCAAGAAGAAGAGAGAGCAAGGAGAACAUCUCAUGAACUCCAAGCAGAGGGUAUUCCAAACUGUGAGGAAAGCCCUGCUCCCACUCUUGAAGAAGUAAAUGCCUGGGCUCAGUCAUUUGACAAGCUGAUGCUUACUCCAGCUGGCAGAAAUGCUUUUCGUGAAUUUCUGCGAACAGAAUUCAGCGAGGAAAACAUGCUUUUCUGGAUGGCCUGUGAGGAACUAAAACAAGAAUCCAACAAAAGCGUCAUUGAAGAAAAAGCAAGACUAAUUUAUGAAGAUUAUAUUUCUAUCCUUUCUCCAAAGGAGGUCAGUCUGGACUCCAGAGUAAGAGAAGUUAUUAACCGAAAUAUGCUGGAACCCUCACAACACACCUUUGAUGAUGCACAGCUUCAAAUUUAUACCUUAAUGCAUAGAGACUCUUACCCACGGUUUAUGAACUCUGCUAUUUAUAAGGACUUGCUUCAGUCCUUGUCUGAAAAAUCCAUUGAAGCAUAGAAUUUUUUCUUAAAUGUAUUUAUUUUAAAACAGACGGGACUCUGGGCUACAGAAAUCCACAGGGAAUUUAGAAUUAAUCAGAUAUUUACCUGAAGAUAACUCAGGCAAGUUUUACUACAGAUUGAAUAAUUUAAAUCUGCACAAAGCUCUGACACAAUCAGCUAAGUACAGUUUCUGAUUAAGUUUAGUAUUACUUUGCAAAAGGAAAUUAAGAGAAUGAAGAAGAAACAUCAUUCAAAAAUGCAGUAUUUUUUCAAACACAACAGACAAUUUAGACUGACAUAGACAAAGCUAUUAAAACUUAUGUCUAAGGUACAAAUACCAACUGAGCAUGAAACUAAAACUGAUUUUUAAGUGGAGUGUUAGAAUUUUCUUGAGAAUCAAACCAGUUGCCCCAUCUACAAUGUGACCAAAGUAAAAAUAUUAGUCAAUACUGUGUUACUCUAGGCAGUGCCAUCACACCUAGCAUAGGUACACUCACUUGUUUUGGUAUAUUUAAUGCAUAAAUGGGGCACUAAUGGAAAUUGGCAUGGAAAUUUCAAGUUUAUGAAAGUUACUGGUUGAAAUAAUGCUGCUUAUAAAAAAAUCUUCUGUUGAAUAAUUGUUAUUUUAGUAUUAGAAUCUGCUGAAAGCAUUAAGUUCCCUUUAUUAAUGUUCAUAAAGUUAAAUUAUUUAUUUCAGAGGAAGACAAGUCUGGGCAUUCAAAUUCCAAAAUAAAGCACAAGAAUUC